CAGCUGAAUUGCGAGUUGGAGGACACAAAACACAAGCGGACAGGGCCGGUGAGGGGCUGCUGCCCCCGGGGUUGGCAUCUCUUUCAGCAGAGCUGCUACUGGUUGUCCUCUGCGCAUAAGAGCUGGACCGAAGCCAAGCAGGAUUGCGAAGAGAAGGAAGGCCACCUGGUGGUCAUCACCAGCUACCUAGAGGGGCAAUUUGUGUUGCGGUUGACCAAACCGAACAGCGUUUGGAUCGGGCUGAAGUUCGACGGCCGGACGUGGAAGUGGGUGGACGGGACCCCCUACACAGUGCGCAGGAUCGACUGGCGGCCCAACGAACCAGUGGCUUAUGACGAAUUCUGCACCAUGAUCUAUCGUGACGGGCUGUGGAGCGAAAUCUUCUGCCAGUCCCGCUUUAGGUGGAUGUGCGAAAUGCAGGCGCUGCAGUGAGUCCCAGGGGAGACGCCGCCAGCCGGACCCCCGUGAAGCAGCUGCCCCUCACUUCUUGGAGCCAAUAAAACGAAUCUGGGACAAAAAUCUACGCAGAAAUUGGCCUCUUCUCUGCAUCCUGGACGAGUGGAAGGGAGGGC